GCGCCGGUGCUUGAUAUCAUCAACUCCGCAGCCGCCCUCGUCGAGGUGGCGGGCCUGCAGCUCGUGCGCUACCCGCAGACUGGCUGGGGGGACAACCUGCAGCUGAACACCUUCCUCAGGGCGCUCAAGUCCAAGGGGGUCGCCCACGAGGCCGCCAAGGUGCGGGUCAAGGUCGACCGUGGCACUUUCGCGGUCUCAUCACACUCCGCUUCAUCCCAGUUCACGGUAAUGCCUGCCGACCAUGUCCGCAGCAGCAGCGGCGAUGGCCUCCCGGCUAGCGCGCUGGCGGUGCUGGAUGCGUUGCCGCAGGACGCUCCAGACGGACACGAAGCUUGGGAACAAGUGCGUUUCCAGCGUGCUUCAGGCGCAAGCGUCUUCCGGUACAGGCGCGGCGACGAUGACAUCCGCUUCCAGGUGACCAAGAAGAAGGCCGGCGGGAGCGAGUUCGCCGCCCAGCGCCUGGCGCGCGCCUGCUACGUGCGCUUCGGGGAGGGGCUGAGCAAGGCAGCCGUCCUGGGCUGGCGCGACGAGGUCUACGCCCGCAUAGGCGCGCCGCGGCGCCCGCAGAACUCCUGA